AUGACAGUGGAAUCGCAGCUUCACAAGAGGACUCCUGUUCGUCCUCGUCCACGUAGGACCAUCAUGACCCGCAGCCAGUGUGACACCAGCUUCUUCCACAGGCUGCCCUCUGAGCUGUUCAACAUCAUCCUGGAUAAACUGACUGUGCUGGAUAUCAGUGUGUUCACCAUGGUUUCCAAGGACAUCACAAGGUUUGUUGUGGACUACAUCUCCACUAUGACCUGGAAGAACAAAAUGAUCAUCCAAAACUUUCACUACUCCACCUGCCUCGAACAGAGAUCAUCUAUUGGACAUUACAGAGACCUGGGUCUGUUGUUCAAGAGAUGUACCCUGUUGCUACCCACAAAGGAAAGGUUAAAGUUUAUCUUCAGCAGGUUUUCACAGAUUCCCUGCUUCAUGCUGGAGCAGUGUUUGGCACAAGUCUGCAUUGGUUUCUCCUGCUAUGGGGUCUUCCUCCAGACUCUGAUCGCAGGGUGGGAUGAGUUAGAGUGCCACAGAGUGUUCAACUUUCUCUGCGAACACACAAAUCUGCUGCAAAAAAUGGAGGCAGUCAUCAUCGGCAAACCAGGGGUAAGGUGGUACCAGGAGCUGCAGCUCCGUCUUUUCUGCCGCCAGGUUCUCUUGGACCCGUGGCUAAACCAGCCAGAGUGUCAGUUCUGGCUAAUGCAACUCCUGAAGCCCUGGCCUUUGGUCUGCCAGGCACGUUUACUGUUUAUCCUAUACGGACCUCUGCUGACUGAGGGCACCCUGGGAUGGCAGGAUAUGGUGGAGAGGGGGCUGCCUCACAACGAUCUGUGGGAUCUUGCCAGGGCUUUCCUCCUGCUUCUAGGCAAAAUGGAGGUCGAAUGCCAGACCACUAAUUCAAUGCUGGCAAUCUUGGAGGAGCUCACUGUCAUUCCCCAACAAUGGCAUGUGGAGAAUGUGGCUCGUCUGUUGGUGCUGUGUGGCAGCAGUUUCAGCUACUCUGUUCUGGCCAGCAAGGCCAUCAAUGGACGACUUCCUGAGAUCUCGAGACUCCUCGUGUACAUCAUACUGGUGUGCGAGAAGGACGGCUAUCACAUGUCCUGGGUGGUGAAGUUGGUGCAGCAGAUCUUCAAGGUCCUCGGCACACCUCCUGAAAAGUUCUGCCUCAUCCAACAGCUGGAGAACAUGUUCUCACAGGUCACCAGGGAGUUUUUUGAGUUCAGUGUUACAGGAAAUCAUCUGGACGACAGAGAGACUUUCCAGACCCUGUGUAUCCUGUUGGACUCCAGUGCUCACUUCCACACUAAAUUGCUCCACAUGCUCCUCAAAUAAUAAGCUGGAAAAUUAGAAGUAACAAGACAUGAAACAUAGG